GCAAAAAGUUCAAAAGUUCCAAGCUUUCUGCCUCUCUCUCUCUCUCUCUGCUUGCGCUGGAUCGAGAAUGUCGACGGUUACACUAGAGCCUCUGCUUCACCAGUGUUGCAGACAAAGGGUGAUAUUUCGCCUAGAAUCGAAGAAACUAAGACCAUCUCGUGUGAAUUACUCUCCGAAACUGUGCUACCACCGCAGGUGCUUCUGCAACUCCAAACCUUAUAGGUUUCGGACGGUUAGGAGUAGUUCUACUGAUGCAGCUCUGGUGGAGGCUUCCGAAGCUGCGGACGUCUCUUUUAGGGAGACUUUUCAGUUGAAACGUACUGAAAGGGUGGAAGGUAAGAUCUCGGUGAGGUUGGAUCCAGGAAAGGAUGAAGAGAAUUGGCAGCUUACAGUAGGAUGCGAUCUUCCAGGGAAGUGGCUCUUGCAUUGGGGUGUAAACUAUAUCGAUGACGUUGGCAGCGAGUGGGAUCAACCUCCACCUGAAAUGAUACCUCCUGGCUCCAUUCCCAUUAAGGAUUAUGCAAUAGAGACACCCUUGAAGAAGUCGUCAUCAACUUCUGAAGGCGAAACAUUCCAUGAAGCGAAAAUCAAAUUUAACUGUAACAGUUCAAUUGUAGCCAUAAAUUUUGUUCUGAAGGAUGAGGAAUCUGGAGCUUGGUGUCAGCACAGAGGAAGAGAUUACAAAGUGCCCCUUAUAAGCUACCUUCACGAAGAUGCCAACAUAAUAGGUGCCAAAAAGAGCUUCGGUAUAUGGCCAGGAGCUCUGGGGCAAAUACCUAGCAUUCUUCUGAAACCAGAGAAACCUACACAUGAGGAAGAUACUGGUGAAACAGAUGAUAAGAAGCAAAAUAAGUGCCUUGAAGGAUUCUAUGAGGAACAUCCUAUUUUUAAAGAAGUUCCUGUUCAAAACUACAUGACUGUUUCUGUUAGAAAAUGCCCAGAUAAAGAUAAGAAUCUUAUUCAUUUAGACACUGAUCUGCCUGGAGAUGUUAUUGUCCACUGGGGUGUGUGCAGAGAUGAUGAUAAAAAGUGGGAAAUUCCAGCAGCUCCACAUCCACCACAAACCCAAGUUUUCAAGAAAAAGGCUUUGCGAACUUUGUUACAGCCAAAAGAGGAUGGGCAUGGAUGUUGGGGACUAUUCUCUUUAGAUAGGGAAUUUAAAGCAUUGCUUUUUGUGCUGAAACUAAAUGAGAACACUUGGCUGAAUUAUAUGGGGUGUGACUUCUAUGUUCCACUUUCAAAAGCCAAUAGCUCUCCUGUGCAAAGCAGUCAAAGUCAAACUGAAGGUCAGGGGAAGCAAGACAUCUUAUAUCUUCCCAAAAGUGAAGUUUCUGAAGUAGUUAUUAAUGAAAGAGAUGAAUCAAGUUCUUCAGGAAUAUCUGGAAAAAUGGCAGAUGCUGAUAAGGUUGUUGCUCAGGGUGGUUAUACUGAUGGUAUCAUCAAUGAAAUAAGAAAUCUGGUAAGUGAUAUCUCAUCUGAAAAGAGUCAUAAAACAAAAAACAAGGAAGUACAAGAAAUCAUACUUGAGGAAAUUGAGAAGUUAGCUGCCGAAGCCUAUAGUAUCUUCAGAAGCUCUACUCCAACAUUUCUGGAGGAGGCUAUUUCAGAUGCUGAGACCUUGAAACCACCUCUGAAGAUAUGCUCAGGAACGGGCUCAGGAUAUGAAAUACUCUGCCAAGGAUUUAACUGGGAAUCUCAUAAAUCUGGUAGAUGGUACAUGGAGUUAACUGAGAGAGCCAGUGAAUUAUCUUCACUUGGUUUCACUAUUCUAUGGUUACCACCGCCUACAGAAUCCGUUUCACCUGAGGGUUACAUGCCAAAAGAUUUAUACAACCUCAAUUCCAGAUAUGGAAGUACGGAGGAACUAAAGUUAGUCGUGAAGUGUUUCCAUCAAGUUGGCAUCAAAGUUCUUGGUGACGUUGUCUUAAAUCACCGUUGUGCUCACUAUCAGAAUAAAAGCGGUGUUUGGAAUAUUUUUGGUGGUAAGUUGAAUUGGGAUGAUCGUGCCGUUGUUGGAGAUGAUCCACAUUUCCAGGGCAGGGGAAACAAGAGUAGUGGGGAUAACUUCCAUGCUGCUCCAAACAUUGAUCAUUCACAAGAAUUUGUGAGAAAUGAUUUGAAGGAGUGGCUCUGCUGGCUGAGGGAAGAAAUUGGGUAUGAUGGAUGGAGACUUGAUUUUGUACGUGGGUUCUGGGGUGGUUAUGUCAAGGAUUACUUGGAAGCAACUCAACCCUACUUUGCAGUAGGUGAAUAUUGGGAUUCUCUCAGUUAUACAUAUGGUCAAAUGGAUCACAAUCAAGAUGCACACAGGCAGAGGAUUAUUGACUGGAUUAAUGCCACUAAUGGAACUGCUGGGGCAUUUGAUGUCACUACAAAAGGAAUCCUUCAUUCUGCUCUUGAAAGAUGCGAGUAUUGGAGGUUGUCAGAUCAAAAGGGAAAACCGCCUGGGGUUAUUGGGUGGUGGCCAUCACGUGCUGUUACCUUUAUAGAGAAUCAUGAUACAGGUUCUACUCAGGGUCAUUGGAGAUUCCCAAGUGGAAAGGAGAUGCAAGGGUACGCCUACAUCCUGACUCACCCAGGAACACCAGCAGUCUUCUAUGACCACAUUUUCUCUCACUAUCAGUCAGAAAUUUCAGCGCUAAUCUCACUAAGACACCGUACUAAGAUUACCUGCAGGAGUGCUGUUCAAAUAACCAAAGCAGAGCGAGAAGUAUAUGCAGCCGUUAUUGAUGAAAAGGUAGCUAUGAAGAUUGGACCUGGCUAUUACGAGCCUCCCGGUGCUUCCGGGAGAUGGGUUUUGGCUGUUGAAGGGAGAGAUUACAAGGUUUGGGAAGCAUCGUGAAUUCGUGAUAACACUAUGGCAUUUUCUGUAUUCCAUGCAGUAUGUUUUGAUCCAUGGAAUGCUUCCACUUUGAAUAUCAUUAAUAUUAUCCACAAAACGAGCUGAAGCUACAUCAGAGGAGGAUGCCUAAUGGUGAUAUGGGUGUGUGGCCUGUGUCAACCUCAAUAUCCCACAACUACUACUGAGUUAAUAAGGGGAUUAAAGUAAAUCAGCUUUAUGUAAAGGACCAAUUUGGUUCCUAAAAAUACCUAUAAAGUGUAAAAUAAGGUGGAAGUUGCAAGGAUUCAGAGCUGUAAAAUGAGAAUAUUGAUCGCAUUAUCUUUACAGUGUAAAAUUUGUGGAAGCAUUCUUCAAGAAUAAAGCAUUAUUAGUGCCA